AUGGUCCUCAAGCGGCGCGAGAUCUGCGAGCUCAUCGACUUCACCAGCUGGACGGCGGUGCAGGUCUGGAUCACGGACGUCAUCGACGUGGUCUACAAAGAGUUCGUCGGCGACUACCUCAAGCGCUACUACAGCCAGGGCCUGAAGGCGCCCCAGGGCGGCAGCGCUCUCAAGCAGCAGUUUGUCGGCUUCGCCGCCGAGUACGAGCGCAUGGUCAAGCGCCGCGUCGAGGAGAUGGAGAACGGCGUCGCGCUCCCCGCCGUCAGCCUCCUGCCGAAAGCCCAACGCCGCAACGUCAAGCGGCACUGGAACCUUGUCCAGCACUAUGAGCACUUCAUCAUCGAGGCCGUGGCCAAGGAUCGCUUCCAUGCCCGCCACGAGCCCAUGGAUGCGGAGAGGAACCAUAUCUCCACCAAAUACUGGGCCGCCGAUCCUGCCGAACUCUUCGGCAGAAUGUACGAGCUGACCGAGGCCCUCGUAUAUAAUUACUGGAAGCCGACCACCGAGGACUGGGACUCGGACGACUCCGACGUUCCCUAUACCGACGUGGCUGAUUUGCCGGGCACCGACGAAUACAGGGGCACGGAUAUGCACUAG